AUGGUGCGCUCAGUGGCAGGACUCAUUGUCUGCUCGCUCCUGCAAAUCGUCCUCUCCCUGAACCCCGAGGACCCCAAUGUGUGCAGCCACUGGGAGAGCUAUGCCGUGACCGUCCAAGAGUCAUACGCACACCCCUUCGAUCAGAUCUACUACACGCGCUGCACAGACAUCCUCAACUGGUUCAAGUGCACCAGACACAGGAUCAGUUAUAAGACGGCAUAUCGGCGUGGGCUGCGAACGAUGUACCGGCGGAGAUCCCAGUGCUGUCCUGGCUACUAUGAGAAUGGAGACUUCUGCAUACCCUUGUGUACAGAGGAGUGUGUGCACGGCCGCUGCGUUUCCCCGGACACCUGCCACUGUGAGCCCGGCUGGGGAGGGCCUGACUGCUCCAGCGGCUGCGAUAGCGACCACUGGGGCCCGCAUUGCAGCAACCGGUGCCAGUGCCAGAACGGGGCCCUGUGCAACCCCAUCACAGGCGCCUGUGUGUGCGCUGCUGGCUUCCGAGGCUGGCGCUGCGAGGAGCUCUGCGCGCCGGGCACCCACGGCAAGGGCUGCCAGCUGCCGUGCCAGUGCCGCCACGGUGCCAGCUGCGACCCCCGCACGGGCGAGUGCCUCUGCGCGCCGGGCUACACCGGCAUCUACUGCGAGGAGCUCUGCCCACCUGGGAGCCAUGGGGCUCACUGUGAGCUGCGCUGCCCCUGCCAGAAUGGGGGUACCUGCCACCACAUCACUGGGGAGUGUGCCUGCCCUCCAGGCUGGACGGGAGCAGUGUGUGCCCAGCCCUGCCCACCGGGGACAUUCGGCCAGAACUGCAGCCAGGACUGUCCUUGCCACCACGGAGGGCAGUGUGACCACGUGGCUGGGCAGUGCCACUGCACAGCCGGAUACAUGGGAGACAGGUGCCAAGAGGAAUGCCCCUUGGGGACCUUCGGCUUCCAGUGCUCCCAGCGCUGUGACUGCCACAAUGGAGGUCAGUGUUCACCUACCUCCGGCGCCUGCGAGUGCGAACCUGGCUACAAAGGCCCGCGCUGCCAGGAGCGGCUGUGCCCUGAGGGCCUGCACGGCCCAGGCUGCAGUUUGCCCUGCCCCUGCGAUGCUGACAACACCAUUAGCUGCCACCCCGUGACUGGAGCUUGCACCUGCCAGCCAGGGUGGGCUGGCUCCCACUGCAAUGAGUCCUGCCCUGUUGGCUACUAUGGUGAUGGGUGCCAGCUGCCUUGCACCUGUCAGAACGGUGCCGACUGCCACAGCGUCACUGGGAGCUGCACCUGUGCCCCAGGCUUCAUGGGGGAGGUCUGCGCCGUUCCCUGUGCGGCAGGGACCUACGGCUCCAACUGCUCGUCUGUCUGCAGCUGUAACAACGGCGGCGCCUGCUCCCCAGUUGACGGCUCCUGCACCUGCAAGGAGGGGUGGCAGGGCCUCGACUGCACCCUGCCGUGUCCCAGCGGGAUGUGGGGCCUGAACUGCAAUGAGAGCUGUGCCUGUGCCAAUGGGGCAGCCUGCAGCCCCACAGACGGCUCCUGCUCCUGCACCCCCGGCUGGCUGGGGGACACCUGUGAACUGCCCUGCCCGGAUGGCACAUUUGGGCUGAACUGCAGUGAACGCUGUGACUGCAGCCACGCAGAUGGCUGCGACCCCGUCACAGGCCACUGCUGCUGCCUGGCCGGAUGGACAGGCAUCCACUGCGACAGCACAUGUCCCCCUGGACGCUGGGGCCCCAACUGCUCUGUGUCCUGCAGCUGCGAGAACGGUGGUUCCUGCUCCCCAGAGGACGGGAGCUGCGAGUGUGCCCCGGGCUUCCGAGGACCCCUGUGCCAGAGAGUCUGUGCCCCCGGCUUCUACGGCCAUGGCUGCACCCAGCCGUGUCCCCUCUGCGUGCACAGCAGCGGGCCCUGCCACCACGUCAGCGGCAUCUGCGAGUGCCUCCCCGGAUUCUCCGGAGCCCUUUGCAAUCAAGUGUGUGCUGGAGGGCAUUUUGGGCAGGACUGUGCCCAGCUCUGCUCCUGUGCCAACAACGGCACCUGCAGCCCCAUCGAUGGCUCCUGCCAGUGCUUCCCUGGAUGGAUCGGCAAAGACUGCUCACAGGCUUGCCCACCUGGGUUCUGGGGCCCCGCCUGCUUCCACACAUGCAGCUGCCACAACGGGGCGAGUUGCAGCGCCGAGGAUGGGGCCUGCCACUGCACCCCUGGUUGGACCGGACUCUUCUGUACGCAGCGCUGCCCAGCAGCGUUUUACGGGAAGGACUGCGGGCGUGUGUGCCAAUGUCAGAACGGCGCCAGCUGUGACCACAUCAGCGGCAAGUGCACCUGCCGCACAGGCUUUACCGGGCAACACUGCGAGCAGAGAUGCGCCCCAGGAACCUUUGGCUACGGCUGUCAGCAGCUAUGCGAGUGCAUGAACAAUGCCACCUGUGACCACGUCACUGGCACCUGUUACUGCAGCUCUGGAUUCAAAGGGAUCCGGUGUGACCAAGCUGCCCUCAUGAUGGAGGAGCUGAACCCCUACACCAAGAUCAGCCCAGCGCUGGGUGCAGAGCGGCACUCAGUGGGCGCCGUCACGGGAAUCGUCCUCCUGUUGUUCCUCAUCGUGGUGCUGCUAGGACUGUUUGCCUGGCGCCGGCGGCGACAGAAAGAGAAGGGCCGGGACCUGGCUCCCCGCGUCUCCUACACGCCCGCCAUGAGGAUGGCCAGCACUGACUACUCCCUCUCAGAUUUGUCUCAAAGUAGCAGCCAUGCCCAGUGCUUUUCCAAUUCCAGCUACCACGCACUGGCGUGCGGGGGGCCUGCCACCAGCCAGGCCAGCACUCUGGACAGGAACAGCCCCACCAAGCUCAGUAACAAGUCCCUUGACAGAGACAUGGCAGGCUGGACCCCCUACAGCUAUGUGAACGUGUUAGACUCCCAUUUCCAGAUCAGUGCCCUGGAGGCCAGGUACCCGCCCGAAGACUUCUACAUUGAACUUAGACACCUCAGCCGCCCCGCUGAGCUACACUCGCCAGGUGCUUGUGGAAUGGAUAGACGUCAGAACACAUACGUUAUGGACAAAGGCUUCAAAGAUUACAUGAAAGAAUCCAUGUGCAGUUCUAGCACUUGUUCCUUGAAUAGCAGUGAAAACCCUUAUGCCACAAUUAAGGACCCACCCAUCCUCACCUGCAAGCUUCCAGAAAGCAGCUAUGUAGAAAUGAAGUCGCCUGUGCACAGGGGGUCUCCGUACACAGAUAUGCCAUCCUUGUCGACAUCUAAUAAAAAUAUAUAUGAAGUUGAGCCCACAGUCAGUGUGGUCCAAGAAGGCCGCGGUUGUAACUCCAGCUAUAUCCAGAAUCCAUACGACCUACCUAGGAACAGCCAUAUUCCUGGUCAUUAUGACCUCCUCCCAGUAAGAAAGAGCCCUGCCAGUGGGCCAUCCCAGGACAAGCAGUCUUAA